AUGGAGCAGGUGUUCUUCCGGUUACACGUCCGGUUUGUCACGACCGUCACAAGACUUCUCUCGCCGAAGACUCGGCGCCUGCUAGAGUACGUCACUCUCGCGAACGCUUUCUUGCUGGUGACGUCGCUGGCUUGGCUUCACACGCGCUUCGUCAACCCGAAAGGAAGGCAAGGGUCGGCCGUUUCGUGCCUUCCCGCCGCCUUGGAGAAGGCCGGAGUCGACCCUGCGCAGCUCCAUGUUUUACAGAUACAUAUACGACAACCACCCGAUGAUUGGGGUGGGGGUGGCGGUGGCGGCGGCGGCGGCGGCGGCGGGCGGCGGAAGAACUUGAUGUCCUUCCCGGGCGGCAGCAGUCGAAUUGACGACAGCAGCAGUAGUGGCACUAACGCCGAACAGCAGGAGUCUGACUCGCGUAGACAUAGCGGUGGCGCGGCCGCGGAUGCUGGUCUGGGGAUGUCAGGCUUGGGCGGCGGCGGAAGUGGUGACGGUAGCGUUACUGGCACCACCGCCGCUACCGCUUGCACCGGCAGCGGCGAAGAAGUAGGUGCCGCCGGCGCCAUAGGGAGCGAAAGCAGCAGCAGCAGCAGCAGCGGUGGUGGUGGUGGUGGGCUGCUGCCCCCGAGGUUGGACUCGCCGCCCCAGUCUCCGGAGAUCUUCUACAGCAUGAAGCUCGUCACGGGCAAGGACGCCGUGGGCACGCUGUCGGGACCGGGCACCUUGGGCAUCGAGAGGUGCGUCGUGAAGGGAGGGGAUGGCGUGGACGGGAACAACCCCGCCGGGGGUGGCGGCGGCGGCGGCGGGAUUUGCGGCGCGGUGGUGGAAGAGAAGCGCCCGACGCUGGUGCAGACGCUGAUGGACGCGUUCUCCUGGGGGGGGAAGGGAGAGACGGGCAUCAUCGAGCGAGGAGGGGGGGGAGGGGCGGUGCACGAUUUUGCGGGACCUCUGCCACUGGGAGCGGACCGCAGAAUACCGGGAUGCAGCGGUGAGGAACACGUUACCCGAAGGGGCGCCGUGGUGCAAUCAGAAGGGGGGGGGGGGGCACUGUCAGGCGGCGGGCGAGACACUGCCGCGUGCGCGGCGGCUGGUGGCGACUGCCACGAGCACCAGAACCGGGGGAGGGGUGACGGGGCAGAGGACGGGGUUGAGGAGUCGGCGAGUGGCCGGGAUCCCGACGAGGUCUACCUGUACUCCUUGGAGAAGGGCUUCCUGAUGCUGAGGGCCGACCUGAGACGGAAGCACGGGAUCGUGACGGCCAACGUUACCGUCAACGCUCACGACCCCUGUCUGGGGGGCACGGUCGUCCAGGGGCUGGUGAAGGACUUUGUCGGCUACGACACGGUGGUGAUGAACUGGCUCAUCUCGCUCUACGGGGGGCGCGGCUUCCUGUACGGCGUGCACAACAACGAGCUCUUCAACCUCAACUACGCGGCUGAGUUCAUCGAAUCCACAGAGGACGUGGGUAAGUUCUUCGUGUUCAAGAUCGGGGUGCUGUUCACGACCCUCUUCCUUUUCUUCACGACGACUACCCUUGUCUCGUUCACUCUGAGAGAGACGCAGGUGGGGAUCCUGUUCUUCCUGUUCGAGUUCUUCUCCGACCAGCUGCUGGCCUUCAUGGUCCUCUCGGUCGUGUGGCUGUGCGAGGUCUACUCCGUCGUCAGCGUACGGACCGCGGUGUGCAUACGCUUCUUCCCCCAGGUGUUCUUCUUGUACUUCACGCUGUUCCACAUCUACUUCUUCUCCUUUCCCUUCGGCUUCAGCUACCUGGCGCUGGUGACCACGGUGCUCUUCCUGCAGCACUCCAUGCUCUUUUGCUGGAACAGAUACGAGGUUCCGGCGCUGAGGGCGGGGGUCGUCUCCGCCUCGCGGCCGCGGCAGGCGGGCAUGGUCAUCGGAGUCGUGCCGAGCGGCGGCGGGGGCGAUGUGCCGGCGACGGGGAGGCAGCGGGCGGCCACGGCUUCGUCUCUCGAGCAGCCGCGAGAGGAGUCUAUCCUGCCCGCUGCUGCACUAGACGCGGGCCGCGUCAUCUCGAGGAGAAACUCUUCCCCGGACCCGACAAGCCCAUCGCCGCCUCUCGGCAGCAACAGCAGCGGCAGCGCGCGCGGCGACGGCGUCGCUGCCGCUACGGCUGCCGAGGCGCCUGCGGCAGCGUCGCCUCCGGUCGCGUUGGAGCCGCCGCGCGCUGACGUACGAGCGACAAGCCCGGUUGCUCGACGGGCGGCGGCGGGGUGGCCGGUUCCGAGCGGGUGGGUCGGGGACCGUAGCGGCGGAGGUGACGGCAGGUCUGACGUCUUGGCGAGGCACACGAGGAGACAUAGCGUGUCUGCGCCGCUGCUGGGGUCGUUUCCGUUCUCCUUCUGGAGGGUGUUGCAGACUUCGACGGUUGAUGGGCAGGCGGCGGUGGGAGCGGCGGCGGCGACGACGACCGGAAUAGGAUAUGCCCGAACAGCCGCCGCGGAUCCGGUUCAGCGGCGGCAUGGGGGCAGCGGCACCGAAACUAGCGGUGAUUCCGAUUCUGCCGAAGCCACCGGCAGCGGCGGAGAGGACGGGGUGGACAUUCGUAGAGAAACCGAUCGGGGCGUUGAAGGAGAGGGCCAAGGUGUCGUGCCGGUCUUCUCCCCCCCGAGCGGGAGCAGAGACGAGGAGCAGGAGGAGAAGAAUGAAGCGGGGGAGACGCAGAGGGCAGAAAAUACGCCCGUCCCGGCGUGUGCUGGUUCGGCGGUGCCCCAGGCUGAUGCACCAGUCCCCGCCGCGGAGGGUCCGGACGGCAGACAAGCAGUGGCUGGUCCUGCAGGGAACGCUCUUUUGGGUAGGGGUGGGCCGGCGGAGACAACCAAGCCGCUGAGAGACCCUAUCGCCGUGGCCGGUGCCGCCGCCGACGUUGCUGCUGCACCGGCUGGAGGGCAACCUUCCCCCCCAACAGCCUCUGGCUGUCCUGAUGGAGCAGCAGCAGCAGCAGGAGGAGGAGGAGGAGGAGGAGCGUCGCCCUACACCGUGGGUCCUGGUGCCGCGAGCACCGCUGGUGUCAGAAGCAACAAGACCAACGAUGUAACGUUAGCGACGAAUGGCAACGAGGAUGGAUCUGAUGGGCAUCAUCGGAAACGGGAUGAUGGCGGGGAGGCUGCUGAGGGAGGGAGUUGGACAGCAGCGGGAGGAGGCGGCGCCGCCGGCGGUAGGGCCCACGCUGGGGCGGGGGGGAGCGGAGCUGUCGUCAGCGGGAGGGGCAUGACGUCACCAGCGUGGGCUUCCCCGGGUCCCGCGGACGGAGCGGGACAGGUUUUCGGGGGUGGGGGACAACGGCAGCAGCAGCAGCAGCAGCAGCAGCAGCAGCAGUGGGAGGAGGAGCGCUUGUUGCAGGGGCAGGAAUCGCCCCGGAGAGAAGAAGACAGCGGUGACGUCCUUCGGUUGGGCCUGGGAGGGACUCAGCGUUGGCCGGACAACGAACCCGGUGACUCGGGCGGGAGAGAUUCGCCCCCGAUGGCCUCGUCGGAAGGGCGAUGACAGCGGACGAAGCGCGGUGUCUUGCGUUUACGGCAGUUGCUCAAUGGAUUGGACUUUUAAAAAGCGGGCCGUUGUUCUGUGUAACGUUCGCAAUUGCCAAACUACUGCUGUGGGUGUUGCAGUAGCUCAAGUGUGAUGGUGUUUAUUACGAUUAUUGUUUGGGGCGGCGAGCAAGUGUUGUGUUUUUUUCGUAGGCCAAUCAAGCUGUAAACGUAUUGCUCAAGCAUAUUUUUGGCCUUUUGUCUUGAUCCGGCCCAGGAUCGCUUCGAUGUUGGCGUUCGAGAGGUUGUAGUGUGACUGCGCUGGCUGCUUUCUCUCGCGGCGGUCGGGCCACUGUGUUCUUUCGUGUCCUUUGUGUUUUUGCGGUUUUGCGGGAAAAGUUGGUCGGUUCGCGGUGUUUU